AUGACCUCUGCCGCCGACCCCGUCACCGCACCUCAGUCCGCAGACCCUCCCGCAAAGCGAGUCAAGACCACCUCCGACGACGCACCCGUCCCCGCCGCCAUGGAGCCCUGCCCGCCACUCCAGGUCAAGAGGCUCUCCGACAAGGCCCGUCUGCCGACCCGCGGAAGCCUCUACGCCGCCGGUUACGACCUCUACGCCGCGAAGCCGACCACCAUCCCGGCCCGCGGCAAGGUCCUCGUCAGCACUGACAUUGCCGUCUCCGUCCCCGCCGGCACUUACGGCCGCGUCGCUCCCCGCUCCGGCCUGGCCUCUAAGAACUUCAUCGACACCGGCGCAGGCGUCAUCGAUGCCGACUACCGCGGCGAGGUCAAGGUUCUCCUCUUCAACCACGCCGACACCGACUUCGAGGUCGCCGAGGGCGACCGCAUCGCCCAGCUCGUCGUCGAACGCAUCUUCACCCCCGAGAUCGUCGAGGUCCAGGAGCUCGAAGAGAGCGUUCGCGGCGCUGGCGGCUUCGGCAGCACCGGCGUUGCUCUGCAGUAG